AUGAGUCAUGUAUUUGAGAAAUCUGGAGCUGGAACUGGGAAAGAACUACACAGUCAACAGAGAAUCACUGGGCGAUUUGAUUGUUACCCUGAAGCAGGUUCUAAUCAGGGCACAUGCGAAGCCCGUGGAUGCAUCUGGCAGCCUUCAGAUAUUCCCAACGAGCCCUGGUGUUUUUACGCUGAUACCCAUGGCUACAUCACCAAAAACGUGGUUGAAACAGCAAGUGGCAUCACUUUAGAUAUUGAGCGCAACACCAACUUCCCAAGCCAACGUCCUCAGUCUCCAGACAUCGACACGCUCCGUGUGGAAAUCACUUACCUUAGUGGAAAAAGCCUUCGUUGGAAGAUCUAUGACCCAAACAAUGCUCGCUAUGAGGUGCCCGUUCCCCUCAACCUGCCUCCCACACCAGAGACAGAUGAAAACAACAGACUGUAUAGGGUUCAAAUCAAGGACAAUCCAUUCGGGAUCCAAGUGAUCAGAAAGGGCUCAGAAGAAGUUAUCUGGGACUCUGCUGUGCCAGGGUUCAUAUUUUCUAAUCAGCUUCUUCAGAUCUCCACACUCCUUCCCUCAGACUAUGUGUAUGGUGUUGGUGAAACAGAGCACCCCAGCUACAAACAUGACCUCAACUUCCACAAAUAUGGCCUGUUUGCCAAAGACCAGCCCCCAGGGUAUAAGCUGAACAGUUAUGGACUCCAUCCUUUCUACAUGGGUAUGGAGAAAUCACAAAGUUCUCAUGGCGUCUUUUUGCAAAACAGCAAUGCCAUGGGUGAGUAA